UGAGUGACAAAGGCAUUUGGAAAGUGCUCUAGUCAGCUGCCUGCUGUUAGUACGAACUAUAUCUGAGCCAACCUCGACGUGYUGCACUGAGAGUCGCCGAGUGCCCGCUUUAAAAGCAUCUCGAGCUUCCCCGCGAACUAUUUGGAAACGUCAAUCUUCCGUGAUUAACACCACUCGGCCACCGUGCAUCGCCAAGACCUGCGCCUGACACAGGCAGAUAUCAGUCUGACUUGAGCGCUGAGCUGGUACAAGCCAUCUAACCGGUAUUUCUGCGGCAUUCAAGAGUGCAACCAAAACAUGGGCGAUGAAAUGCUCAGUGUGUUCUACAAUGGGGAAAUAUUUGGACCCAGUGGUUCUUUGACAGAGAGCAGUAUUGAGGCUUUAAACAAUGGUUGGUCUGACUGCACAGAAUUUCAUUUAUUUCGUGACUAUUUUGGGCUAAUCCAUUUGGUCCAAAACACGACAUUAAGCGAUGAAGAAGCCGAUGAAGAUUAUAAAAAGUUCUACAAGUUCACCUAUAACAGAACGCGAGGGGAYAGCAUUGGAUCAGACCGUGAUUCUAUUUCUAGUUCAGGAUCAAGUGGAGGAUGUCCUGAUUUUGACAUGAAAUUGAGCGUUCCCUUCACUUCCAAAGCUGUGGGCUCGUCAAUUGAACCGGGUUCUCAUUCCAACAGGUCUCUAGCAAAUCUGAAACGAUCUGACAUUGACACUGCGGCGAGAAACCGAAAAAACCGCGAAAACAAGAAAAAUAGAAACGCCAACGUCUGCGUAUUUUGUAGAAAUAAUGGCGAAACAAAGAAAGUUUAUUCAAGCCAUGUGCUGAAGGAUGCAGACGGUAAUACAACUUGCCCGAUUUUACGAGCUUAUACUUGUCCUCUGUGCAAGGCAUCUGGGAACGAGUCGCACACCAUCAAGUAUUGUCCGCGGAACAAGAAUGGCAGCAAGCUUCAGGCUAAAGUUUAGCUGCUACGGCAGCAGAACUGAGUAACUCUUAGCUUGUGUCUUUUUAAUAACGAUUACUUUAAAUUUUUGGUUUAUUGACGACAGAUUUACAUCUCUUAAGAAAAUGUUUUUAGACAUCCCUCUGAAAUUUGAGGUGUGAAUAAUGAAUGGAAAAAGCAACGAGUCUAUUUGACAAAUUGUGUAUGAAGUUUGCCUGACAACGGCACACUUUGAAAAUACUUGACCGAAUCUUUUUAGACUGAAUCUUGUUCAAAUGGAAAUAUUUGAGAAGGGUUGAUCAGGUAGCUUUCUCCUGAAUUCAAUGGCAAAAAUCAGCUGUUCAAAACGUACAGACUUUGCAAGUUCCCCUUGCUAUUAAUCUUAAUAUAUAUAUUUAAUAUCAACCCCUAAAUUCGAUUUCAAAUAUCAAAAUGUUAUGAGCAAACAAAAUAUUGUAAAUACAUAUAUGUCUAUUCAAAAUAAUACAAGAUUAUGAAAAUAUAGAGCUCACCUCUCAGUUAAAAUUGAAAUCCAGAGGAUUGAAAGAAAAGAAUAUACAAAAUCACAUGAAUCGGAAUCAGAUUUAGCUUAGCUGCUCAGCAGUGCUGAAAAUAUGACAGUCAACUGUCCCUUUGUAAAGUCUUUUCAACAAAAAUUGAUUGUCUUACCAAAUUGUUAGCAAAUUACAAAGAUAUUAAAGUCCCUCGUUGGAUUGGAAUGUAAAUAAUAUAUAUAUAUCAUAUAAGGCAUUCACAUAUUUCAAAUGAAUGCUUUGAGCCUUUUGGUACCCAAGGAGUUUAUAAAUGCACGCUCUGAAGAAGUGACUGUCGACAGAAUUGUCUUGUAUAUCAUUCAUUUAUUAAGCUAUAUAAUGUAAAUUAAAAAUCAUCGAAGAAUGCAA